UUCCACUUCAAGAUCACUAGUCAUCUAUCUUAAUUUCAUCUCCUUUCUCUCUCUCUCUAUUUUAGUUUUCUGUGUAGAAGCUCAGUUUUAGGUACUUAAAAGUUAGUGGACUACUUUUUUUGGUGGAAAUGGCUUUCAACUCAUCAACCCCUGAGAUGAACUUGAAGCUUCUAAUCAACACACAGGACAAUAAAGUUGUCUUCGCUGAAGCUGAAAAAGAUUUCAUAGAUUUCCUGUUCAACCUCCUAACUUUGCCUAUUGGCACCAUUGUGGGUUUCCUCCCAAAAGAAAUUUGUCUAGGAGGCCUGCAUAAGAGUGUGAAAAAACUGGAGGGAGCUUACUUGCAGCCUAACCAGAGCUCGGACUCGCCCUUGAAGUUGAACACACCAACAUAUGCUAUUCUUCCUUUCUUUAAUCCUUCUUCAUCAAGGAGUAAUGAUCCUUUCUUUCAUUGCUCUUCAUCAAGGAGUUAUGGUCAUGUGCAGGGCUUGGUUACCUACAUGGUGACUGAUGACUUGUCGAUUACACCCAUGUCCCUGACAGCAACCAUGGCUUUGUUUAAGAAGUGCAACAUAGAGGAAGUUAAUGUUCUUGAGGAGAAGGUGGUUAAAAUUGGUUUUGAUGAGGCUUUGCAGUUGUUGAAGUGUUCUCUGCAGUCCAACGCAGCUCUCACUGAAGUCUUCCUUGAGAAAGAAGAAACACAACAGUCCAAAGCAGCUCCCGCAGUUGCCGAAGUUGCCGCAGGUACCAAAGUUGCCGAAUAUGCCGGAGUUUGCUCUGACGCAUGUCUCGCACCUACGGCAGCCACCAUUAGGAGUCGCAGCUCCGCACCUCCGGCAGUUACCAUUAAGAGUCGCAGCUCCCGCUGAGGUAUUACAAAUACAAAAGGACUAUGAAUAUGAUUGUUUGAGCAGGAGACCGACGUAGUAUUAAACUCCGUUUUCGAAUUUGCAAAAAUAAAAAAAUUCUAAGUCUCUAAAUAAUGUUUAUUUUUACUUGCCUUUAUAUAAUGUAAACUCUAUUUGUCCCCAA